AUUUCUCUGAUUUUUCCAUGAAACUUCUGUGAAGAGCCCAUGUUCUUUAUGCUGCUGAUAUAGUUUUUCUUUGUCAAAAUGGCUGGCAUGCUUGCGGGGGUUGAAUGUGCUAGAAGAAGACGAUUUCAUCAGAGCGGUGCUUUUUCAGAUUUUCCUACUACGUCUGCAGCACAUGCCUCCUCAAGGCGGUCAUCUUUUUGUUUGUACACAACCAACCAUGAAUUCCAUCUCACCUCAUUUUCUUCCAUGCAAAGAAUCACACUGAACCGGGAAUCUCUGAAUGAGAAACUAGCAGAAGUGGCUAGAGAAGCCAAAGAAAGGUUAGAUGAGAGGCUAAAAGAACAAAGGAAAUCAGAAACCAAAAGGACUAACAGACAAGAGAGAUUAAGGGGUGGGGAGGGCAGGUCUAUGGUGCUAGGGGAUUUGAAAAUAGAGGUGUUUGGAGUGAAGAAGAGAGGGUUGAAGAGUUUCAGUUGGGCAAAGUUUGGGCAGAAAAAGAAGGCCUUGGACCAAGAGGAGUGCGCAGUGUGCUUGGAGCAGUUCAAGGUGAGCGAGACCCUGGUGCGUUUGCCCUGCUCUCAUCGGUUCCAUUCAAGUUGUUUGGUUCCAUGGCUAGAGAACAAUGCUUGCUGCCCUUGUUGCAGAAUGGAGAUUUUGGAUUUAAAAAGUUGAUUGAUUUUCUUUGUUUUUCUUCACUUUGUAGAUACCCUACGAUCCGAACGUACUUCUUGAAAAAAAAAAAAGGUCAAUUCAUUAGUCUCUCAUCACGUUUGGGAGGGUGAGGUGUACGGUUUUUAUCGAGACUAUUUCUAUGAUUUAAAUUUGUAUCGUUCAUAAUACCAUUAAUUAAUUAAUUUUUUUUUGUGCACCAAGG